AUGUCCGUCCGCCCCCUAAAGGCAUCUGCAAACCCCUCCGUAGCGGGCCACCACACCCCGACCAGCAGGGGGCAAUGCUGCCAUCACGAUAGCACUGGCUGGAUCUCCUCGCGGUGCCCCUUUUCCUCGAGUCCCCAACGUACUUCCGGCACUUACGGAACUCUAGUGCAGCCGGAUGUGCAGCGUGGGGACGCAAGCGCGCAAGGCGGCAGGAGUUGCUUCUGGCCGCGUCGGUGGUCUGAAUUGAGGUACAGCGGCAAAGAAAAAACGGAGACAAUUCUGGAGCAGCAGCGGCGAUAUCAUGAGGAGAGGGAACGGCUCAUGGACGUCAUGGCCAAAGAGAUGCUCACUAAGAAGUCCACGCUCCGGGACCAGAUCAAUUCUGACCACCGCACAAGGGCCAUGGAAGAUGAACAGCGACAUCUCACUCAUGAAAACGUACAGCGCAAGCAGGCAAGGACGGGAGAAGAGCGAGAAGAGGAGGAGGAAGAGCAGAUCAGCGAGAGUGAAAGUGAAGAUGAAGAGAAUGAGAUCAUUUACAACCCCAAAAACCUGCCCCUUGGCUGGGAUGGCAAACCCAUUCCCUACUGUGCGCAGAGCUUCAGGGAAUUAGAGAGGGAGCAGGUCUAA